GUAAACACAUUCCCACUCCAUGGUCCAUACCCAUUACCCACUGAAAUGAAACCACCAUGAACUUUCCUCUCACCUCUCCCACUCCUCACUCUGCCCCUCUUUAUUAAUAUUCUCCACAUCCAAUAUCUCUCAUGUUCUUUCUUUCUAUAUCUUUCUCUCACACAUUAUCAAACACCUUCCCUGCACUCCAACCAUGGACCGCCGCCCGCACGCCGACCAUCUCGACGCCUCCCCGAUGCAGCCCUACAACGGCUACGAGCUCAGCGGCAAGAUCAUGCUCAGCGCCAUCGUCAUCCUCUUCUUCGUCGUCGUCCUCAUGCUCUGCCUCCACCUCUACGCGCGUUGGUACCUCCUCCGCGCCCGCCGCCUCCAUGUCCGCCGCAAUCGCCGGAACCGCCGCACCCAUAUUGUCUUUCACGAGGACGCGGCCGCCCUCUCCGCCGUCCCCACCCGCAGCCUUGACGCCUCCACCCUUAAUUCCCUCCCUGUAUUCGUUUACUCGUCCAAAUCGAGUCAAAUGGAGCAGUUUCGGCAGCAGCCCAUUUUGGAGUGCGCCGUCUGCUUGUCGGAAUUCGAGGACGACGAAACGGGGCGUUUGCUUCCCAAGUGUAAGCACAGCUUCCAUAUCGAGUGUAUUGAUAUGUGGUUCCAAUCUCACUCCACGUGUCCCCUCUGCCGGGCACCCGUGGAACCGGGCCCGGAGUCCGAAACCCGGGCCGACGUGGUUCUGAAUGUCUGCGAACCGGACGAGCCGGGUCCGAGCUCCUAUUUGUGCUCGGAGUGUUGUAAUUCCGAGACGGCGUCGUCUGGGGCGCGGAGAAAGCCGUCGAACAUCGUGAUUCCGAGAAGGAACGAGAGUUUGGGGAAGGGGGACGGCUCGGGAUGUGGCGAAUCGCCGGCCGGUCAAUCAUUUAGGUCUCCGAUGAGUCGGAUGUUGUCGUUUAGGACAAUGCUAAGUAGGGAAAAACGGAACGGCGGCGUUUCGCCUUCGGGAGGAAACGGGGGGAGUUCCAGUUCGGUGGCGGGGUCGGAUAUCGAACUCGGUGGACGACAAGGGACCAGCGAGUGCACUCGGAGAGAGUAAAAACAGGAGGUGGAUUGUCUACUAUUUCAUUUUCAUACUCUUUGCAUUUUCUUUUGGUCACGAUUAAAUCACGUCAAUAUUUUAUAUUAAUUUUUUUUAUAAAAGUAAUAAAACAAAAAAUAAUAGAAUAUAAAAUGUUGACGUGAUUUAACCGUGAUCACACCAAACAAAAUAAAAGGGGAUAGAAAGAAUAUGGAAAUGAGAGACCAGACAAUCCAUCUUUGUAAAAAAAAAGGUGACGUGGCUGUAAUUUUAUACAAAAUUGGGGGUGGAGACAUCCGGCGACUAUCAUUCAGUCAGCGUUGACCGAAUCGGGGCAAAUGUGGAAAUUAAAUUUAUACGUGGCGGGAUAGAGGAGAAGUGGAAUUCGCGCUGUUUUUGGACGUGUAUAUAUAAUUUUUGUUUCCUUUACAUUACAUUGAUGUGUUUUUUUCUUGGCAUAUUUGUAUUUGUUUCUAAAUUGGUAUAAAGCUGUUAAUUUCUUUUUUUAAUAUUAAUUUUAGUUGAUUA